AUGAGCAAGGAGUACUUCCUCAACUGCAUCCUGCGCGACGACAACGCACGCACCAUCUUCCUCCAGUUCCUCCGCAAGCGACACUGCGCCGAAAACCUCCUCUUUUGGUUGGAGGUGGAGGACUACAUGAAGCUCGAAACGCCGGAGGAGCAGGAGGCGCGUGCGCGUGCCAUCUUCGAGCAGUACAUCCUGGCCGACUCGCCGUUCGAGGUCAACCUGAGCCACAAGCUGCGGGAGGAGGUCACCGCCGGCAUGCUCCACCCGAGCCGGGAGACCUUCACCUCGGCCCAGAAGUCCAUCUUCCUCCUCCUCGUCCACGGCACCUUCGACUACUUCCUCCGAAGCGACUUGUAUAAAAUGUAUAAAGAGAAUCGGGACAUCGCGGGUCUGCUGACGGCCCGGAAGCGGGGGGAAAGCUUCACGAGGGGCGACGACGAGGCCUUCGAGUUGGCCGCGGCGGCUGUGGCGGCCAACAAGGGCUGUUGCAUCCUGAGCUAA